AUGGCUACACAAACCCAGGAGAAAACCGCCGGUAAGACGGACGAUAUCGCCAUCCACCCUGCCCCUACCAGCGGCGGAGUCAUCGCAGACGACUUUGACCCCAAGGUUCACGAGUCACACGAGGUGUUCAAAGAGACGAGCGAUGGCGUCAACUUUCGAACCGUCAGCUGGCAGCGUGCUGCCGUCAUCUUCGUCAAGAUUCAGUUCGCCAUGAGCAUCCUCAGCGUGCCGGCGUCUCUGGCGACCCUUGGAGCCGUUGGCGGAUCCUUGUCUCUUGUAGGAUGGGGAGCGCUCAACACUUACACAGCCUUGAUUCUCGGUGAUUUCCGGAACAGGCAUCCAGAGUGCCAUACUCUUGCGGACAUGUGCGGCUACAUCUGGGGCACGAUCGGCAGAGAGCUCGUCACCUUCCAGAUCCUCAUCGCGCAGGUGCUCAUCACCGCCGCCGGCAUCGUGAGCUGCUCGACCGCGUUCAACGCCCUGUCCAACCACGGCGCCUGCACCGUCGUCUUCAGCGCCGUCUCGGCCGCCAUCAUCACCGGCUUCUCCAUGGUGCGCACCUUCAGCCGCCUCGGCUGGCUGACCUGGUUCGGCUUCGCCACCUUCUUCGUCGCCGUCUUCAUCUUCGUCGUCGCCGUGACGCAGCAGAGCCGCCCGGCCGCCGCGCCGCCCACCGGCGACUUCGACCUCGGCUUCACCGCCAUCGCGUACCCGACCUUUGUCGCCGGCAUGACCGCCACGGCCAACCUCUUCCUCUACAACAGCGGCUCGUCCAUGUACCUGCCCGUCAUCUCGGAGAUGCGCCGCCCGGGCGACUACCGCAAGGCCGCGCUCGUCACCGGCGCCGUCGUCAUCACCCUCUACCUCACCUUCUCGCUGGUCGUCUACCGGUGGUGCGGCUCGUGGCUCGCGACGCCCGCCUUCGGCAGCGCCGGCCCGCUGUUCAAGAAGAUCUCGUACGGCAUCGCCCUCCCGGGCCUGGUCAUCGGCGUGGGCAUCUACAACCACGUCGCCGCCAAGCUGCUCUUCGUGCGGAUCCUCCGCGACACGGCCCACCUGCAGGCCAACACGGUGGUCCACUGGUCUACGUGGCUCGGCGUCAACCUCCUGCUCGGGGUCCUGGCCUUCAUCGUGGCGGAGGCGGUUCCGAUCCUGAACUACCUGCUCGGCCUGGCUGGUUCCGUGUGCUUUGCCCCCUUCAGCCUCAUAUUCCCGGCCAUGCUCUGGAUGUACGAUUUCAAGCACAUGCGGUCCGGUAACGCGGCUGCCAGGACGCAGUACUGGCUCCAUGCGCUCAUUGUGCUCCUGGGCCUCUUCAUGGUCAUUGGCGGAACCUAUGGCGUCGCUGUUGCCAUCAAAGAAGCGUAUGCUAGCGGCAUGAUCGAAAAGGUCUUCAACUGCGCUGACAACUCGGGAUCGUCGUAA